AUGGGAGACUCUGUGGGCCGUGAUCCCGGCAAGUCGCCGUCUCCUACCCCGCAGCAUAGACGCGGCUAUCAGGCUUGCGAUCCGUGUCGCAAACGCAAGGUCAAGUGUGACUUAGGCAGUGUCGAUAACCCUAGACCCCCACCCUGUGUACGAUGUCGUCGCGAAAGCAAAAGAUGCGAAUUUUCGAUUACUCGUCGCAAGCGCAAACUUUCCGAACCGCCUGAGGAGGUGGAGGAGGAGGAGCCUGAUGUUCUUCGCCGCGACAAACGAAUGAUGAUUGGUGAGGUCGCGGCGAAGAAAGAAGCAUCGGCUGACGGAUCUCCAUUUCUUCCAUCUGAACCCUCCUUUGAUACUGAUGGGUUUCGCGCUCGUCAGCGCUGGACUGAAGCGCCACCUCCUGUCGCGGCUGCCGCUGCCGCCCAACGAUACACUCCAAGUGCACCCAUAGCUGCGCCAGCGAGACAUUUUAUGGAGUCGAGAGCCUCACGCAUUCCCAGCUACUCCGCUGUUGAGAGAAGCUCGGCGUCUGGAUAUGGAGGGCCGCCUAUGAUGAAUCACACAGCGGUGGAAUUGUUGUCCCCUGCAAUCACCAAUACACACGAUGCUUUACACUUGCUGUCCGAGGCAGCGGGGAGAACAGAGGAUUUGAAUCGCUUUGCCGCAAGACAAUCCGUUUCCUCUUUCAAUUCAGGCCCCUCUCCUCUGGCACAUGUCAAUUCCCCGGGGAAUCUGAGCGGGUCCUUUUCACGGACUCCUCGAUCGGGGAUUUCCAUGGGUGCAAAUGGUUCAUACCCAACUGGUGCACCCGGUGUUGUAGAUCCCCAGAUAUCUGAGGAGACUGGUCCCUCUGAGAGCUCAGCUAAUGCUCAAGACCCGGGGUACAUCGAUGCCGUUCGCGCCUGGUCACGGUUGCGCUUUGUCCGUGCCGGAUGGAUGACGGUCGAAGAAGGCAUGGAUUAUGUUGCGUAUUACUACGAGAACCUAGCCCCGAUGAGUCCAGUAGUGACUCCGGACUAUUCUGAGCCUUCAAAACACCGUAUCCUACUUACCGAGGAACCGGUAUUAGCAGUGACGAUUCUUACAAUUGCUUCACGGCAUUUGAAACCCAAAGGCGAUGGUGCUAGCACCCGGGCAUUCUAUAUCCAUGACCGCCUCUGGUCUUACUUGCGUGGCAUGAUCGAACGUCUGUUCUGGGGACAAGAGAAAUUUGAUGCUGGAGGACCAGGGAUUGGUGGCCCACGAUCUCUAGAUCUCGCUCCAACUUCCAGUCGGCCCGGUGUGAAAGGGAAUCUGAGAGCCCUAGGAACCGUGGAGGCUUUGCUGAUCCUUACGGACUGGCACCCACGGAAUCUUCACUUCCCUCCUGGUGAUGAUGAAAACACCCUUUUGGAUAUCGACGCCCAGUCUCAAAACUUUGCCGACAAGGACUUGGACCAUGGCGAACAGGUAAAGGGAGCGAAUGGUUCAGCUGAAGGUCGAGUCGCAUUCCAAAAGUGGCUGGAGCCCGCUUGGCGAUCGGACCGAAUGUCUUGGAUGCUAUUGAGUACCGCACAGGCUCUUGCUUUUGAACUUGGUGUUUUUGAUCACAAAACCGAGCCAAAGGGCACACCUGAGUCACCCGCUGAUCAGAUACGCAAACGCCGUCUACGAAGGUUGAUUCUGGUUUUCAUUACACACAGCAGUGGGCGAUUGGGCAUUCCGUCGAUGCUUCCUUUGUCCGAAUGGGGCCAAGACGUCGAAGGAAACAACAUCGACUCCAAGGAUGGUGAUCCAGACCUUGAUAGGAUGCAAGAUUGCUGGAUGGGUAUUUCCAAGAUUGUCUAUCAGGCCAAUCAGCAGCUAUUUGCAUCCAGUGAACAGACCUCGGAAUUAAUCAAGAGUGGGAGAUAUCGCGAACAAAUCGACUGGUUCCAACCUCAGCUACGAGAGUUCCGACAGCACCUUGAUCGUGUCAAUCUUUCCUCGGCGAUGCGAAGCAUCCUCCUGAUUGAAUACGAGUACACACGGUUGUAUGUCAAUUCGCUUGCUCUACAGGCGGUUGUAGACCGAUGGACGACUAUGCCCAACGAGUCUGCCCAAACUCAGUCUGGACGGCCAGGCUCCGGUCCGUCGCCAGUCAACACCAAAUUAUUCCGGACGAUGAUGGAGCUCUACCGAGUCAACGAGCAAUAUAUUCAGGAGGUCGUGGAUGCCUCUCGUAAGAUCCUGCAGACGGUUCUGGAAGGGCUCGUUCCGGGAGGGCGUCUCAAGCAUGCUCCCAUUCGGACGUUUUUCCGGAUUCUGUCUGGCAUGAUCUUCAUCCUGAAAACAUUCACCCUGGGUGCUCGUGAAGACGAUGUACGAGUCUCAUUGGAUCUGCAAGACCGGACAGUGGAGGCCCUUCGUACUUUCGUUGUCGAUGAUGUGCACAUCAGUAAUACUGUUGCGAGACUGCUAGCAUUGCUGACUAGCAGUAUUCGGACCCGCUUCCUACGUUUCGCGCCGCUUGACCGUGGCGUGGAAGGUGACGGACAGGACCGUGGCUCCGCCCCGGUCUCACGAGCUCAGUCACCACCUCGGGAGAACGUUUCGGGUCGACGUGAAGGGGGGCAAACCCCUUGGUCAUCUACCCAAGAUGCAACUCCGAGCGGAGGUUUAGGAUAUGUGGAGAGCAGCAGCGCCGGCGGACACCCGAUCGGAUCAGCUCAUGAUUCUCUUGCCAAUAUCCCUGCGCAGCCGAUCAACUCUUCCAACCUGGGUGUGUCAUUCAUGCCGCCACCCCCAUCCGUCUACUACAAUUAUUAUGACUCAAACUCGACGAUGCCUUCCAAUGACCUUGGGAGGUCCUCUCCCAACCAUGUUGUUUCCUCCCAGCCUCUCGAUAGCAACGGCGCCAGCGCUGCUCUCCCAGAUUGGUUUGCUCUUCCAUUGGAUCAAUUCUUCAACAGUUCCACCGCGGGGGUUGAUCAGGGUCUGGGCGGGACCGGACCAAUGCUUGGCGAGUUUGACAUGUUAGAGGUGUUACUUAACGAGGGCUAUGACAAUACUGCUCACGACGGCGACUCCGGCGGACCCCUCGGCUCUCAGUUCUUACCUUGA